AUGGAAGUUAUGCCAAUAGAUAUUUCGUCAAGUGGUCCUGCUUACAACCUGGAAGCAGCUAUUGAUCACAUUGGAAUUGGAGUAUUUCAAUGGCGUUUAGUGAUCAUAUUAGGAUUUUGUACGAUGUCAGAUGCCAUUGAAAUGAUGUUAUUGGCUAUACUGGGACCAGCUUUAACAUGUGAUUGGAACAUUACACAAUGGCAAGUGGCAACAUUAACAACAGUCAUUAUAACAAGUGCCGUUUUGAAUACAACAUUUGGAAUUUUAACAGCGUUUUCACCAAGUUACCAUUGGGUAGUUUUGGCGAGAGUUUGUGUUGGUUUUGCACUGAGUGGUGCGGCUCAAGGUGCUACAUUAAUGUUAGAAUUUCUACCAUCGACAUAUCGUGCUACAAUCGUUAUAGUUAUUGAAUUAUUUUGGUCUUUGGGUGCUAUUCUAGAAUAUUUAAUGGCUAUGUACGUUAUACCACCCUAUGGAUGGAGAACAUUAACAAUUUUAUCAGCUUUACCAAUAUCAAUUGUAGCCGUAUGUAUGUAUUUUAUACCAGAAUCGCCUAGAUAUUAUUUAGCAAGUGGAAAUGCAGACAAAGCAGAAAUGAUUCUUAAAACAGUUGCAUUGACAAACAAACGUGCAUUACCACCAGGAAAAAUAUUAGAUGGCCAUAUAAAAGAAGAAUGCGGAUCAUUCAGUCAGUUGUUUCAUUUCAAUUAUAAACGUACAACAUUUUUAUUAACAUUUAUGUGGAUAACAGUAGCCAUGAGUUAUUAUGGACUAAUUUUAAUUAAUACAUCCAUAUUUACAAUGAAUGUUGAUGUGCCAUCAACAUCAAAAGAAAAUUGUAAAAUGUUAACGGAUAAUGAUUAUAAAUCUUUGAUUCUUACAACAUUUGGAGAAAUGGCCGGUAUUCCAUUGUUAUUACUUCUCUUAUCAAAAUUUGGCCGUCGUGCCGUGUCUGUGAUUAAUUUUACAUCAGCAUCAAUUUGUUUUUCGCUACUUUUUGUUGCACGUAAUACACAUUGGGCAAUUAAUACAAUCACAUUUUUGGCACGAAUGUUUAUUAAUAGCCAAUUUAGUCUCUUGUAUUUGUAUACAAUGGAAGUUUAUCCAACAGUUGUUCGUGCCAUUGCUGUUGGUUCAGCUUCAUCCAUGGCUCGUGUUGGUGCAAUGAUUACACCUUUUCUUGCUCAAGUUUUAAUUAAACAUACAUUUAUUGGCACAAUUCUUGUUUAUACGAUAGCUACCGGCAUGGCUGCGUUUUGUGCAUUUUUAUUACCAAUUGAGACAAGAGGACGAGAAUUGAAACAAUCGCCGAUCGAUAUUCCGUCCGAGCAAUCAUCACCAUCUGCACUUGAUCAAAAACUGAAUGUUUUGGAAUCCGUUGAUGGUGGAUUUGUGAAUAAAACUUAUUCUUCAAUGGAUCAUAUCGAUGUGAAAGAGUGA